CAAAGGAAAAAGGAGAAAAAACAAAAGAGAAGUCACCUGUAACAUCGUGCGUGAAAAUAGAAGUCAUUUCCCUUUUUACCGUUUACCUGAUCAAGAACACCCAGAAAAACAAAAACAAAAGACAAACAAAUCUAUUGCACUGAAUUUUCUUUUGUUCUUUGUUUUUUUUGUUCAUACAUAUGACAAAAGUAACAGAUAUAUAAAAAAGAAAGGACCAUCAUGAAGAAAGGUUCAUCUUUCUGGACCCAUUAAUCUUUCCUGAAAUACAGUGAGAGAGGAGAAUUUGUGGAUCUUUUAACAUUUUUUUGAUAUAUAUAAUUAUAUCAUCAUACUGUAAUAUUGGAGGUACUUUUUUUUUUUUUUUUUAAUCUUUCAAUUGUGCUGUUGCAUUUCUUUUCAUGUAAAAAUUAUGGUACUUUUUGGUUUGUGUCAGAUCUUUUUCAGAUCCUGGCAUUGUGUCUUUGCUGUCUAUAAUCUUGAUUUUUAGAUGCUAAUUGGAUGUUUUUCAUCAUUGUUUCUUUCUUUUUUUUCUUGAAUGAGGAUGAGUGAUAUUAUGGGGAAGAUUUUUGGUUUUGGAGGAGUAAAAUGGUCACAAAGAUUGAAUCUUUUUGUCAUUUUGAACUCUACUGCACAGACACUUGCAUUUAAUAUGUAUUUUUUUUUCUUCUGUUCAUACUUUGUUGGCAAGUUUAUUUUGGGAAUAAAUAACAAUUAACAACCCCAUAAUCUGAAUGUCAUUAAGUUUUUCAACCAAUGUGGUUUCAAGAUAAGUUACUCAAACUCUUCAAAAAUGUUGUCGCACUGGUGUUAGAUCCUAAAAAAAUGCUUGAAGGAUCCGACAUACGCCUAGUGACAUCUUUGAAGAGCCUGAGCAACAUAGGUUUCAAGUUCCAACCCCAUUAAUUUCUAUAUGAGAAAUAUCAACUGAUUGGUUAGCUGUCAAGUUUUGUUGGUAUUAUUCUUCUUGCUUGAUUUUUUUGUCAUAAGACUGUUGUGAGUUGUGCUUUCCUUCCUUUCUUGUUUUCUUGUUGCUUUUAUGCAAUUCAAGUUAGAUCCACAUGUAUUGGUUUGGUUUAGAGGCCUUGGAGGGCCCUCAUUAGGAUAGCUGAAUUUGAUAAAGCUAUGGGGGCCCUGUGUCAUGUGUGGAAAGUAUAAAGAUGAUAUGACUUGUAAAGUCUAAAGUGUUCCUUUGAGUCUUAACAGAUCUCAUGGUUACCAAUAGUUAGUUAUUAUUGCUGACUCUGACAGUUAGAUCUGUAAUGGUCCUAUGCUUUACCAAGAACUGUGAUUGCCCCCUUUAGAAAAGACCCUAUAUACUUGGUGGAUGUUUGAUGCAUUAUUGUUUAUUCCUGAUUUGGGCUUGUGAGUUUUCUAGUUGCAAAGGUAGUUCAGUACUGUGUUCUUAGGUGUUGCACUUUUCUAUUCUGUUCUGUGCUGCAAGACUUGUUUGUUUUGAGUUAAGUAUUUAUGCUGCAACAUCUCCUUUCUGAUUGAUGCUUCUCUUAUGUAUGUUAAGUUCAACCAGCAUAAGAUGGUAAAUAUCAUGUUUUACUUUUCAUAUGCUUGAGUGAUGUUUUCAUUGUCCAUCUGAAACGACCUGUCUACCUUGUAGGGGUAAGGUCUGCGUACACACUACCCUACCCAGACCCUACUUGUGGGAUUACACUGGGUAAAUAAUCAAUAAAAAGUUACAACAUGAAGCACAAAGAUGGAAAACCAUUUCCACCAAAUAAAAAUUUAUGGAAAGUCCAAGUGGGAUUAAUGGUUGUGGUGCUCUGUGGGUUGUCAUUCUAUCUCGGAGGAAUAUUUUGCUCCGAAAAGGGGUCAUUUGUAACUAAGGAGGUUAACAGGGAAGAGGAAACUCCCAGAGGGAAUUCUGCUGGCUCUCUACAAACUAAAGCCAGUUCCUUUCCUGAAUGCAGUGCUGACUAUCAGGACUAUACCCCGUGCACAGAUCCAAGGAGAUGGAAGAAGUACGGUCUUCAUCGCCUUACUUUCAUGGAACGACAUUGCCCUCCUAAUUUUGAAAGGAAGGAAUGCUUAGUGCCCCCACCAGAUGGUUAUAAGGUUCCAAUAAGAUGGCCAAAGAGCAAAAAUGAAUGUUGGUACAGGAAUGUUCCCUAUGAUUGGAUUAACAAACAAAAAUCCAAUCAACAUUGGCUCGUUAAAGAAGGGGAGAAGUUCAUCUUUCCUGGAGGUGGUACUAUGUUCCCCAAUGGUGUUGGGAAGUAUGUUGAUCUGAUGGAAGAUUUGAUCCCAGAAAUGAAAGAUGGCACCAUCCGGACUGCCAUUGAUACUGGUUGUGGGGUGGCAAGUUGGGGAGGUGACCUACUGGAUCGUGGAAUUCUGACAGUCUCUCUUGCCCCAAGAGAUAAUCAUGAAGCUCAAGUUCAGUUUGCUCUGGAACGUGGAAUUCCUGCAGUUUUGGGCAUUAUUUCAACACAGCGUCUUCCUUUCCCUUCAAACUCUUUUGACAUGGCUCAUUGCUCAAGAUGCCUAAUUCCAUGGACCGAAUUUGGUGGAGUUUACCUUCUUGAAGUACAUCGUAUACUGCGCCCUGGAGGUUUCUGGGUCCUUUCUGGCCCCCCAGUGAAUUAUGAGAAUCGUUGGAGAGGAUGGAAUACCACCAUUGAGGAGCAGAGAUCAGAUUACGAGAAGUUGCAAGAUUUGCUAACUUCAAUGUGCUUCAAAUUAUUUAACAAGAAGGAUGACAUUGCCGUGUGGCAGAAGUUGUCAGCCAAUAGCUGCUAUAGGAAACUUGAUAACCCUGAUACCUACCCACCAAAAUGUGAUGAUGGUACUGAACCUGAUUCCGCGUGGUACACUCCUCUUCGACCUUGUGUGGUCGUGCCAAAUCCAGGUGCUAAGAAACUUAAGUUGAAUGCUCUAGCCAAAUGGCCAGAAAGAUUACAUAUUGCCCCAGAACGUGUUUCUGAUGUUCGUGGAGGUAGCGCGGGUGCCUUCAAGCAUGACGAUAGUAAGUGGAAGGUGCGAGCCAAGCACUACAAGAAGUUGCUCCCUGCUAUUGGAACUGACAAGAUCAGGAAUGUGAUGGACAUGAACACCUUGUACGGAGGUUUUGCUGCUGCUCUGGCUGAGGAUCCACUUUGGGUCAUGAAUGUGGUUUCCUCGUAUGCUGCAAAUACACUUUCAGUGGUCUAUGACAGAGGUCUUAUCGGGGCGUUUCAUGACUGGUGCGAGGCCUUUUCAACCUAUCCCCGAACGUAUGAUCUCCUUCAUCUUGACAAUCUAUUCACUGCUGAAAGUCAUAGAUGUGAAAUGAAGUACGUUCUGCUGGAAAUGGAUCGUAUUUUGCGUCCCAAUGGUUAUGCAAUUAUCCGGGAAUCCAGUUACUUCACAGACAUCGUUGCCACUAUGGCUAAGGGCAUGAGAUGGAGCUGUCGUCAAGAAGACACAGAAUACGCUGUACAGAAUGAGAAGAUAUUGAUUUGCCAAAAGACACUCUGGUAUUCAAAGGAGAGUUCAUGAUAAACUAUACAAAGUUCUGAUUAAAUCUCUUUGGAUAGAGGAGUCAAUAUAUUUACCAUACCGGCCACCAGCCCAUAGGAGAAAAGCUCCAGAGCAACGAGAAUUAUUUGUUUCUAUAGAUUAUGAGGAAAUUGAGAUUCUGGUUUUGAAAAAAUUGAGUACAAAAAAUAACCAUGUUGUGGUAGUAGUUUCAAAGUUCAAUUUCAUGUUAUAAUAUUCUUUGUAAGGAUCAUUACGUUGUAUUCCAUCUCUCUCUUCCUGUACCUUUUUAUAGAGCUUGUUGAAAUGUAACAGCAUCACAGCCUCCUUAUUCAUGUAUCUGAUUAAUUUGGUCAUUAUCAAUUUCUCAUGAAUGAAAUGCUUGACAUGAGUUACUUCGAAUGAAA